AUGAGAUCGCCAUACUUCCCAGCAAGGUCGGUAUUGUUCCAUAAGGAGGCCAAUGGAGUGACAUACCGAGUUCCAGCUCUCCUCUACGUCCCCCGCUCCAGUUCUUUUUUGGCCUUUUGUGAGGAGAGACUCAGCCCCUCAGACUCUCAGGCUCACCUGCUGGUCAUGAGGAGAGGCACUUUCUACAGGAACUAUGUUGAGUGGGAAGACAUGCGUGUUGUGGGCACUGCUUUUCUGGCAGGCCACCGGUCCAUGAACCCGUGCCCGGUGUAUGACGAGUUCACGGGGACGCUCUUCUUGUUUUUCAUCGCCGUUCUGGGCCACACCUCUGAAUCCUACCAGCUGGUGACGGGGAAAAAUGUAACACGCCUCUGCUACGUCUCCAGCACUGACAAUGGGGACACCUGGGGUCCAGUCACCGACCUUACCAAGCAGGUCAUAGGUGACACGAUUAAAGACUGGGCCACCUUUGCCCUGGGCCCCGGCCACGGAAUCCAGCUGAAGUCAGGGCGUCUACUGAUUCCAGCCUAUGCCUACCACAUUGAUUGUAAACAGUGCUUUGGCCAGUUAAGCCAGACCACCCCACGCGCCUUCUGUUUCCAUAGCGACACCCACGGGCGUACCUGGCGGUUUGGAGAGGCGGUGCCCGGGCCCGAAAGCGUGGAGUGCCAGAUGGUGUCGGUGGAUGAAGAAGAUGGGACCAAUGUGUUGUACUGUAAUGCCCGAAGCCCUCUGGGCUGCCGGGUCCAAGCCCUCAGUCUGGACGAUGGAGCAGUGUUUCAGGAAGGACAACUGGUGCAGCGGCUUGUGGAGCCUCGAAACGGUUGCCACGGAAGUAUCGUCGGAUUUCCUGCCCCUAUACAUCUUGCUUCAAACAUUAACACCACCACCCCUACCAUUACUACAACCCCUGCACAGUCACCUUCCUUAGCUACCACCCACCUAUCGCCCAACCGCAGCAACCCUCAAAACUUCCUUACUCCCACUUGGGUGGUAUACUCUCACCCAACAUGGCCCAACUCACGCAAGGACCUUGGGGUUUUCCUCAGCCUGUUCCCCCGUGACCCAGACAGCUGGUCCGGGCCCUGGGUGAUCUACGAGGGUCCUAGCGCCUACUCCGACUUAGCAUAUAUGGAGUUAUCAUCCUCGCCCGGCGCCCCGCCCGCUGUUGCCUUCGCCUGCCUGUUUGAAUGUGGCACCAGGACAGCCUAUGAUGAAAUUUCCUUCAGCAUUUUCACCCUCUAUGAGCUUAUUGAUAACCUCCCCCAGAGCAUGCCGUUCAGAAAGGACAAUCAGAGUUGA